AGCCGCAGACGGUGCGCAGCCACUUGGGAGAGUCCUCCAGCUCGGCAGUCCUCUGCCACAACUGUGGGAAAACGUGCAGAGGAGAGGUGCUGAGAGUACAGAAGAAGUAUUUCCAUAUUGCAUGCUUUGUUUGCAAAGCAUGUGGUUGUGACUUGGCCCAGGGAGGAUUUUUCGUGCGGCAGGGAGACUAUAUCUGCACUCUGGAUUACCAGCGACUCUACGGGACACGCUGCUUCAGCUGCGACCAGUUCAUUGAAGGAGAGGUGGUAUCAGCCCUGGGGAAAACCUACCACCCACACUGUUUUGUAUGUGUUGUUUGCAGGCAGCGUUUCCCUCCUGGAGACCGGGUGACGUUCAACGGGAAGGAGUGUGUCUGCCAGAAGUGCUCUCUGCUUCCUGCUGGGAGCAACGGCAGCUUCUCAGUUCGGGCCCUGCAAAACUGUGGGGGCUGCGGCUCCGAAAUAAAGGACGGGCAGUCUUUGGUGGCCUUGGACAAGCACUGGCACCUGACCUGCUUCAAAUGCAGGGGUUGCGGCAAAGUCCUGAAUGCCGAAUACAUCAGCAAAGAUGGUGUACCAUACUGCGAAAUGGAUUAUCAUGUUAAAUUUGGGAUAAGAUGCGACAGUUGUGAGAAAUACAUCAUGGGAAGAGUUCUGGAGGCAGGAGAGAAACACUACCACCCGACUUGUGCACGGUGUCUCAGGUGCCAUCAGAUGUUUGCAGAAGGUGAAGAAAUGUACCUUCAAGGGACUUCAAUUUUGCACCCAGCUUGUCGACAGGCAGCCCGAGUGGAAGAGAAGACCAAGUUGCAGGAAACCAGGACAUCAUCUGAGAGCAUCAUGUCCAUGCCUGCAUCAAGUACGUCGGGGUCCCCAAGCCGUGUGAUUUAUGCAAAGCUUGGUGAUGAAAUCAUUGACUACAGGGAUUUGGCUGCCCUUCCGAAGGACAAGGCCAUCUAUAACAUCGACCGUCCAGAUAUGAUCUCCUACUCUCCCUACAUCAGCUAUUCGUCAGACGACAGGCGCAGUUAUGGGGAGGGGGAACAAGAGGACCGCCCCUUCAAGGCCUACAGGACCUCGAGUCCCAGCUCCGCAGGCUCCCUCAGCUAUGGCUGCCACACCCCCCCUGGCCAUUCCCCCCAGAGCUACAGCAGACCAGCCUUGAGAAAAGCAGAUGGCAGCAGUGGGAACUCUGAUCCAGACAGCAGCAAGAUAAAGUCCAGUUGGCUGAAAGGAGACAUCAGUGCCAGAACCAACUCACCUGGCCUGGAUACUCAGUCACUCCCACAAAGCCCAGGAACUGACCGAGAGCUUCAACAGUUGCCCCAGAAUGGCAACAGCAGCUACCCACGAUUUCCAUAUUCCAAAUCUGCCUCUCUUCCCGACUAUGGCAAGAACGGAUUACACCAUGGGGCAAAUUUGGCACAAUAUGACACGGACCAGGAUUCUAAUUGGGGAAGGAGAGAAUACAAGGUAAGGGAUUCUGCUGGCCACUCUGGAAGAUGUUGAGAACCAGCCCUUUCUAGCAAGGUCUACUCCUAUGAAACACUUAUUGUAACAAACAGAGUUCGUGUAAAACUGCCAAAGGAUGUGGAUCGAACCAAGCUGGAACGGCACUUGUCCCCUGAAGAGUUCCAGGAAGUCUUCAAAAUGAGCAUUGAACAGUUUGACCGGCUUGCACUUUGGAAACGGAAUGAGCUAAAGAAAAAGGCACUGCUUUUCUAGCAUCCUGCAGGGGGGGAAAUGCUGCAUUUGCCACAACUUCUCAUAUGCACUGGCUGUAUUUGUCCAUUUGUCCAGACUCACUGUUUCAGUAAGGGAGCCCUCAGCCCAGGGCCCUUUGCUAGACCGGCAUGCCCCAGGGGGCUCUGUCUCCAUGACUUCUAGGCCCGUAACAAAUGCAAUGAGCCGGAUUUUUAAUUAAUUCUCGUUUUAAUUGUUUCUUGUUGCAAACCAAUAAUUUCAAGUAGAAAUGAAUUAGUGUAGUUUUGACAGUAACCAAAAGCCACUACCACCGUUUUGUUUCCCUCGUGUACAGAUGACAAUGUGCUAUGAAGAAGCAAGUGGAAUGAAGCCAAAGAAAAGCACGCUGGACAGUCACUCUUGCAAAUGGUUGUGAGACAUAUUUUAGAAAUUAAAAAACAAAAGCUAUCUAAAGCACCUUAAGUCUCAUUCUCUCACGUAUAUACAAACCAGUUUCAGAUGGGAACUAGAAUAUGGGAAAAUAGUUAUCAAAAGUUUAUUUUUGUAAAAUUAAAGUGUAAUGCACUGUGUUGGGAAUACCAUACAUGUAAGCAAUUCAACCUACAACCGGGUUUAGAUGAAGAACCUGAUUUAUAAUGCUUGAACUUAGUAAGACAAAAUUCCCUUAAAUGUGAGUACUUCAGGAUUCACCAGAAUGUAGUCCAUGUAGAAGUUCAAUUCACAGCAGUAACUAAAUUUUUGUGUGGAAAAUGUGCAAUGCUGAUUGUGUAUUUAUAUUAAUUCUGCAUUUCAUGCUGGUACAAAAGAGAUGUAAGUAAUCUUGAUUCUAUAAUCCCACUAAUGUCUGCAUUAAAAAUAUGAGUUUGUGAAUGUUA